GGGGAGAGGGCGGCGGGCUGGCUGCUGGGAGCAGAAAAAAUGAGGAUCCUAUGACGCCCACAGUUCCAUGGUGACAUCACAGAGUCUAAAAAAGAAGCGCAAGAGGGAGAUGGGGAGGCACCCUCUGCUCUUUAGAAUUGGUCGCAAGGUCCCGUUCACGAGUUGAGAGGAUGCUGCGCCCCUGCGAGGACGCCCGAGACGUGCGCCGGCAUUGCGCCCGUUUCCUGGUGUUCCGGUGAACUUCUGUGGAGACCGGAGCCCCAAGAAGAGCGGAGACAUCACCGAUGAAAACAACGCGUUCAUGGAUCUGCGUCCGUCUCCACGCCACUGAGAGCUAGUGUUUUUUUAAUUUGUUUUUAUACUUUGAGCUUUGUGUUUUGACGACUGCUCAGACCAUCCUUUCCAGAUGCGAAGGAGACAACAGCACCUGUUCGUUAGGGAAUCUCUGUAAAUAUGGCACAGUGACUUUAGUUUACUUCAUCUGAGUCGCCCUGCGUUCGCUGUUCAGAUGAGACGGUCGGUUAAGCGCGCGUCUCCAAACGAGGACGACAGGGGUCGGGAUCAUUUACUCUCAUCCGGAAUCUUGUAUUCAAUGUGGCUCCACUCUAAAUGACCCUUAAUUCACUUAUCAUAAACUUAAUCUCGCAUCUCGGAGACAGCAAUCCGUGCGCCGAGGAGGAAAAAGGACACAACUCCGAGCGCCUGUUUGUUUGGAACAAAUACUGGUGCGCAGCAGUCAGUUUCACAAAAAAGAUUUAAUUAUUUUGAGGUGACGUGGCAUCAUCUGUUCUACCAGGCGGCAUUCAUUUUUCAAUUGAAAAGCACUGAUCAGGGUCUUGACGCGUUUCCCGGGACUGGUUUGCGGGCUGAAAUGGACUUGAGAGGGCUGCUUUGGAGGCUGCAAGAGAGCAUCCGUUUGGACACAAUACGGGGACAGAACGAGAACAACUGAGACUUCUGGAAAAAAACUUGGCCAGCAUGACCUCAGUUCCGGAGAACAGCUGCUCCAUGCAGCUUGGCGGCUGGAACAGCAGCAGCAGCAGCAGCAGCAGCGCAGGAGCCUCGGUGCCCUGCAACCAGAGCAUGGUGAAGCUCGCCCCUUACUCCCCCGAAGCCACGGCGGCCUUCGCCACCGCCAUAACCCUGAUGGUCCUCUUCACCAUCGUGGGGAACAUCAUGGUCAUCAUCGCGGUGCUGACCAGCCGGGCGCUCAGGGGACCGCAGAAUCUGUUCCUGGUGUCUCUGGCCGCCGCGGACAUUCUGGUGGCAGCACUCAUCAUCCCCUUCUCCCUGGCCAAGGAGCUGCUCGGCUACUGGUACUUCAAGUCCCUGUGGUGCGAGAUCUACCUGGCGCUUGACGUGCUGUUCUGCACCUCCUCCAUCGUGCACCUGUGCGCCAUCUCGCUGGACCGCUACCUGUCGAUCUCCCGGGUGACCUACGGCCGCCAGCGGACCCCCAAACGCAUCAAAGGCGCCAUCGUGGUGGUUUGGCUCAUCUCCGCCAUCAUCUCCUUCCCGCCCCUGCUCUCACUGAACAAAAGCGAGGCAGGUGAGGAUGGCAGCGAGAGGGGCCCUCAGUGCGAGCUGAACGACGAGCGCUGGUACAUCCUCUACUCCACCAUUGGCUCUUUCUUCGCGCCGUGCCUCAUUAUGAUCCUGGUCUACGUGAGGAUUUACCAGAUCGCCAAGCAGAGGACGCGCUGCCCACCGGGAGAGCCCCGGAAGGACGGGGUGGGCUGCGCCACGCCGAGUCAGCCCCCGCGACACCUGCAAGCCAACGGGAAGGAGGACGAAGAGAGCACCCCCCCUUCAUCCAACAAGACCUCCAACACCAGACCCCCAACCCUCGCCAUCACCCCCUCCCCUUCCCCUCACCCGGGAGACGCUCAACCCGCCCAGAACCCCCCCUCCAACAACCUCCUGCAACCUCCGUCCCCAGGUCUCGCCAUGACCUCUGCCUCCACCUCCCUUGACACCUCUCCCCACGGCGCCUCUAGUCCUCCACCCUGCGCGCCCCAAUCCGCCCCCGGCAAGACUAACGAGAAGGGCAAGCGGGGCAAGCGGCGGGGGUGGAAACAAGCCGACAAUAACAACGGCGACAGCUCCAGUACGGAGAGCGACAAUGAGCACAGCAACGGGGGAGGCCGGGGCAGCGCCAGCAUGCCCGGGUCACCGGGCGGGGUCCACUCACCGGGCUCGGUGAAGCGCUACCGGGAAAUGAUCGCCACUUCUACGGGGGCUCGGCUGGCUCCCGGGAGGAAAUCCAAAAUGGACAAUAACCCCGGGGCGGCGAGGCGCAAAGCGAUGGUGAACCGGGAGAAGCGGUUCACGUUCGUCUUGGCGGUCGUGAUCGGUGUCUUCGUGGGAUGCUGGUUCCCGUUCUUCUUCUCCUACUCCCUGCAGGCCGUGUGCCCGGAGACGUGUGCCAUCCCCGAGCCACUCUUCACAUUUUUCUUCUGGAUCGGCUACUGCAACUCCUCGCUCAACCCAGUCAUCUACACCAUCUUCAACAAAGACUUCAGAAAAGCCUUCAAAAAGAUACUGUCCAGAGGCACCAAGGGUACUUUCUUUUAGCAGACGAAUCUGCUAUUUAGGACGCACGGACACACACAAUGGAAUUUUUGAGGCAUACAAAAAAACACUUUUGAGAGCACUCAAAGGGCUGAACUAAUAGACUUUUUUUUUACAAGUGUGUACAAAACAGGUAACUUGCAGAAGACACACACAAAAAGACAGAUUCAUUUUUAGGGUGUGGGGCAGCAGGACAUGGAGUCAAAACCCCUCACUGAGCAGCACUUCAUAAGAUAAGAUGAUGUUGAUUGCAAAGUUCUAUCUCCAGUCAUCUUUUUCCAGGAAAGUUGACAGGGACGCAAGAAAAAAAACACCGAGAAGGAGCUCCUGAAUUAGAAUACAGUUCAAUGUAUUAUAUAUGAGAGGGAAGGGGGUGAAGAAAACAAGUCGGAAGAAGGAAAAGUGACCUUAUAUCCCUGUGAGCCCGGGGACAUCUAACUCAUCAAUACAGAGCACAAGGGCGGGAACAAAAUGCCAAGGGUGAUUUCUCACAUCUGCAGUCUUAAUUUUUCAGAGCCGCGUGGCAAACAUGUGUUCCCCUGAUUUUUAUCGAAACAACUAGGUUGACAAAUGUGAUAGCACAGACAAAAGUGAAAAGCCAAACUCGUGGGGCUCUCAUGAGGAGUGCUAGCACGCAUCAGACAACUCAGCCUUUGGCCCCCAGGCCUUCAACGGACACCCAGGUUGUUUGUUAUGACACUCUCGGCUUUUCUGCCUUUCGUGAAAGACACCAAUGUUACUUUGGACUCCAGAAAGAAGCACAUUCGCUGUUGUUGCGAUGUAAGAGCAAGACCCUCCCCUCAUCCUCUUCAGCGGGCUAUUCCCGGAUUUUUAACUGCAUCCGGAUUUUGACGCGGAGUGGAUUGGACUGAGCGCUCCUUCUGGUGAACCCAGCAUUUGGACAUUUAGGAGACAUCCCACAUGUUUUUUCCCUCUUGAAAAGGCGUCAGAGG